CAAAUCGAGUCUGACUCGAAAUACAUCUGCGUCUACUAACCUACAUGUACGAGUUUUAUUUUUCUGAUUGCCUUGGCCUCUUCAAUCUUGCCAGUUGCAUGGACUAUGUUGCCACAGUAUUUCAGAAUGUAGAAUAGCAUUAGAUUCAGGUGAACACAUCAUGGAUGUCGCCUACAAAGUGGAAUGGCGAGCGGAAGACCGUGGACUUCACCACCAAGAUGCUCAGAGAAUUUCAAGUUGUGCCGCAGCAUGGUCAGUUCAGAAUCUGUUAGCGCUUGUUUUCAAGUUGCCUGAAAAGCUGCUGUCAUCCGAUGCGAAGGAAACCAUUGCCAUUGUAUAUCCAGAUGAGCCUUGGAACAUUACACGCAUAUCAUCGCUGCAUUCUCAUCCAGUGUGUAUGUUGCGCUGGGAUGCUUCAGCACCGUGUCGCCUGCUAUCUGUUGAUAUAGCUGGCCAUUGCUGUGUCUGGUCACCAAAGGAUAAGUUUAUCAACUUGUGGCAGUUGAAAUGGGAGUUGGCUAGUCCACUUGUGCCAUCACAGCCUUUGGCAGCACAAUGGCUACAGCAAGCAUCAGUGACAUCGAUCCCUCAACCGUUUUCACCUUGGAUGAUGGAGAGUGGUCACAAUGAAGGAUCUCCACUGGAUCAGUUCACACGUUUCAGUCCAAAGUCUAUCCUCCCCCACCGUGCUGCAACGGGAUGGUUGCUUGCUCUAAAUUCUGGAAAGGUGACAUUGUGCGUGGCAAGAAAUUGUGGAGUGCAGACUAGCUCAUUGCAGUUAGUAGCCAGUAGAACAAAGCUAGAGGCGGCAGACAUAGCUCUCCACUCAGAUGGUUCUACUAUCGUUGCCGUGGCGUCUUCUUGCUCGAAAGUGCAGAUUUUCCGCCUGGACUUUGAAGCUGCUUCUGAUCUAUCUCCAACUGGUAUCAACAUGUCUUCUGAGAGUUUAGCUACAAUAGACACAUCAUCGUCAACUUGCCCAAAGCCAUUUGUUGGCUGUGUGUCAUGGUUGAGACUCUAUUCCGGCACAGACCUGAAGACGAUUGGAUUGACCAUGUCUUUAGCUGGCAGUAGCAAGAGUAUUGUGUACGGAUGGCGGAUGUGUAUUCCUGGUGUAGACAACACCUGUGCUACAUCUCUACGCACCGAGUCAACUGGCGCUAGUGCCGAUAGUGCUGCUUGUGUAUCAGCGCCCGCUUCAUCACCACCAUCUGUGCAAGCACCUGUGCAACAAGAUACAUCGUUUAGCACAGCAACACGUAGGCAUGUCCACGUUAGUUGUAGUCAUCACUAUGAAAGUAACACGAUUUUCAUGGAUGCUGCCAUACCAUCACCAACUUAUGUAGCACCUGCACGCAGCACUACCUUGCUGUCACCUGCAUCUUCAUCAGCCACUGGUCAUUUGCAGGGCAGCAGCAGCAGCACCACCACCACCAACAGCAGUAAAUGUGGAGGCACCGAGCGUUGCAGUAUAAUUACUGGAGGUAUCAGCAGCACCAGUACUUCUACCAACGGCAACAGUAACAGGUGCAGCGGAGGUAACACCAGCACUUCUACUACCACCACCGGUUUCUCAACGGUCACUAGCAGUAGUAACGGUGGCAGCAAUAUAAUCAGUAGCAGGAUCGCCACUGUUGCUAUGGGAAGCAGCUGCAGCAGCCAAUCAGUGUGCCUUGGUGACAUGCUGGCAUGUAUUGGUCAAGAUGGUACCAUUACACUUUUGGAACGGUCAACAUUAACGGUCAGAAGUCAGUGUCCUUUCCCUGCUACUACUAGCUCUUGCCAAGGCUGGAAGCAGCAGCAGGAGCAACAGUGUGCGUUGAGUAAGGAGAGUGGCAGUGAUUCAUCUCCAUGUGCAGCCGCUGUUGCCUGUUUCUCACCAUCACAAUGCUGCCUUGGUGUUGUGGAUUAUCAGGGAGCUUUGGUCAUCUUUCAACUAGCUAAGACGUUGCUUCCCCUUCCCAACAUAUCAGAUCUGGUAUCGGUUGAUUCUCGGACAGAGUGCAUUUUGCAAAUGCUUACCCGUUCCCUGAUUGCUGGCCAUAACCCCUGGGAUGUCUUAACUUUAGCGGUCUGUGGUGAGGAUGGUCCCUUAGUCAUUGACAAGCUGGUGCACCACUGGUGUAAGCUACGACCUUUGCUGUGCCGCACAGACAUUUUGGCCAAGUCGCACACUGGAUUUCUCUUGGACAUUCUGACAUGUAGCAGUAGUGACAGUCACCGACAAUCAAGCGUUCAUGUUCAUUUUGAAUUGCUUGUUGACUCAUUCAUGGCGUGGAUUCGAGAGCAACUGCAGCAGACAAUGUCGACGAGCCAUGUGGAUGAUGAUGAUGAUGAGAAGCGUGAUGAGCAACGUAACCAGCAGCAUGAUGGUUCUGAUCGUGACCAGCAGGAUGGUGCUUUGCUGAACACUGAUUGCUCUACAGUCCGUGACUGGGACACCAUGAUUGAACUCUGUCAACAGCCAGAAUUUCUCCUACUUGAUAUUCUCGUGCAAAAG